AUGACCACUUCUUCCAAACUGACAGAUGAAAGUUCGCAUCCGUCCGGUCUUCUUGCGUAUGACGCACUCCCGAAUCACCAGGACUUUGACCUGAUGAUAUCUGAUGUGAAGUUCACUACUGAUGAUAGAACCGACUUCUACGACCAUGGUCUGACGGGUCGCAGAUGUGCCCUUGUCGGAGUGGCAUGCUCAAGUAUCUUCAGCUGCUCGUGCAUCGUUGCAGGCGUCGUCACUUUAGCCAAUUACGGAGUCUCCGGACAAAUCAUCAUCAACAUGAUCACCAAUGAUUCUCCUAUUCUGUUAAGCCUGCAUGCGGUGAUAUUGGCCCUGACACUUAACUUAAUCGUCACGUUAUGCACUGAGUCCCUAGGCUUCAUACACGGCAUCUCAUUGCGCUCUGCACUAGCCUCAGAGUCUCGGCUUCGUUUCAACACCAACCUGCGCCUUCUGACUGCAGCUCGUGGAUGGUAUAACCCUAACGGCGCCCUGCUUAACGGUAUCUCGGCUGUCCUCCUCAUGGUAUCCUACAGCUCGGCCUCACUCGUCGUAUGGCGCAGCCGUCCAACGAUGCCACUCAACAACGAGUUGAGUGUUUCCAUCGCAGCGCUACCUCUCCUCAUUUUGGGUGUCGCACUCCUCCUCCAGGUGUUGAUUGCAUUGUCAGGGAUGCGGGCUGUCAAAAUAUUGACGUGGAGCUCCUCACCUUUCGACUUGACCGCCGCACUGGUCCGCCACACGCAAUUGAUCCCUGCUCCUUUCCGAUGCAUGCGUUGUGUGUCUGACCCAGACACGUAUGGAGGUCCAGCGAAGCCAGUAGAGACACAGCCUCUGCGUGGCAUGCUCACCCUAGCAUCCGGAAAGUUGUCAUUUCUCUUUGGGGGAUCUUUGCAGCCAUCUUUCCCUGAUGCGCUGACCCCACAUACAUGGUCGUUCUUGCCAAACGGGUUCAAUUCCAUUGUGUAUCUUAUGCCGGGUGCCAAUUUUGUGGGGUGGAUUUUACUCUUUGUCAACAUCGCAGUUAUUCAGGGACCGUUGACACUUGGGUUGCAUUGCUCGGAGCUCAUCGCAAAUGUCAUUCGAGACGAAAGACAAUGGAGGUGUGCUACUGGGAUGAAAGGACUUCCUUUCCUGCACUGGAUGUUUGGGCUUGCAUUCAACAUACAUAACAACUCCCAAGACGAGAAACUGGUAUUAUUGGUAUACAUGUACACCGCUCAGAUAUGGAACUUAUGCAUUGCGCUUUUUAUAUUUGCCUGUUUCUUCACUUUCGUCGCACUGCGCCGACCGCGUGGCCCCCAGCCGGCUGCGUACGGCCACGUCCAGACACUCGCCAACCUUGUAGACGAGUGGUCGCCUGUGAUGUGGUGGGGACAUAAAGAGGACGGAAUCCCGUACUGUCAUGCUGGGACGAGUGAUCAUCCACUCCCGGAUGUGAAGAUGGACCGCGUGUAUGCUGGUUCCGGUGCUGGAUCUCCGGUGCCUCUCUCGUGA